CCUUCAUAAAUACAAAAGUGAAGCAAUUAACAUUUAAAAACCAGUUCUUGAUUUUUGAGCUGUGGUGUACUCGCCUACGAGCAGAUAAGUAUUCUUGGUCAUAGAAAGUCCUUGCUUGGAUUUGAAUAUUGGUAACCAAUAUAGACAUAAAGUAAUUGUAUCUUUAAGAAAACAGUGUUAACUCUUACAGGUCUUCAGAGUCAGGAUUAGGAAUAGGUUAAUGUGGGUGUGUACGAACACCCCCAGCCCUCCCUCCUCUGAGUCCCCUUUUACUCUCACACCACUGCUGCACUCAACACUUCUGACACGUCGGAUCACCAGCCGUGUGGGGUUUUCCCCACACCAAGCAGUUCUCCAGCACGCCUGCUGGUCUGACUCAGCUCUGGAACUGUACCUGGAGAGAGCACCGGGGCCCACGGCUUAGGCGCUCAGCCCCCCAAGACUGCUUCCUUCCCCUCAGACGCCAGUUGCACGUCCAGGUUGUCACCUGUGCUUCUGACCAACUGGCUGUAUAGGUCAGGUUCCAUGACCUCCUCUUUGGGUUCCGUUUAUUUGCUAGGGUGACUCACAGCACUCAGGAACAUGUUUACCGGUUUACCAAAGGAUGUGGUAAAGGACACAGAUGAACAGCCAGGUGAAGAGACACACAGGGUGCGGUCUGGGGGUCCCAAGCGCAGGGGCUUCUGUGCCUGUGAACUUGGGGGCCACCCUCCGUGUCUGGGUGUGCUCACCCGCCGGGAAGCCUGGAACCCCAUGCCACUGGGAUGUUACGGAGGCUCCAUCCCGUAGGCCUGAGCCGUCGUUAACUCUGUUUUCAGCCCUUUUCGCUGAAGAGAAGUGGGGGCGGGGCUGCAAAUUCCAAGCUUGACUCCUGGCUUGGUCUUUCCAGUGACGGCCCCGCCCAGGAGCCCGCCCAGAGCCUCCUCACUAGGACCGAGGGUGCUCCCGCCACCCAGGACGUUCCACGGGUUCACUCAGGAGCCUGUGUCAGGACCUGAGGGCAGAGGCCAGUAUGUGUUUUCUUUUCGCGUUGUAGGUGAACGAGCAUUUGUGCAGUGUCCUUACACUUGCAGAAUCUCAGACCCGUGUGUUGACUUUCUGUGGGUUCAGCUGCAAGUCGACCUUGAACCAAAGGGAACUGCAUUUCUGGGGUCAUUCUCACCCGCAGCCCUGAGCCUCCCUGCUUGCUCCUUACAGGGUGUCUGCAGGCGAUAAAGGUUCACAGAUGAGCCUUUUCCCAGUGCUGCGACCUGCUUCAGUGUUAGUCGUGCAGUGACGAAAGGAGGAGAAAAUGACUCCAGUGGAAACUUUUGAAGCUUCCUGCGUCCAGUACCGGCUAGUGGUCCGCGAUGCCAGCACCCUCCAGAUCCUCCAGCUGUACACGUGCCUGGACCAGAUCCAGCACGUCGAGUGGUCGGCGGACUCGCUCUUCAUCCUGUGUGCCCUGUACAAGCGGGGGCUGGUGCAGGUGUGGUCUUUGGAACAGCCGGAGUGGCACUGCAAGAUAGACGAGGGUUCGGCGGGGCUGGUGGCUUCCUGCUGGAGCCCCGACGGGCGCCACAUCCUCAACACGACGGAAUUCCAUCUGCGGAUAACUGUCUGGUCCUUGUGCACCAAGUCCGUGUCCUACAUCAAAUAUCCUAAGGCGUGUCAGCAGGGAAUAACCUUCACCAGGGACGGCCGCUACCUGGCGCUGGCGGAGAGACGGGACUGCAGAGACUACGUGAGCAUCUUUGUCUGCAGCGACUGGCAGCUCCUGCGGCACUUUGACACGGACACGCAGGACCUGGCAGGCAUCGAGUGGGCCCCCAACGGCUGCGUGCUGGCCGCCUGGGACUCCUGCCUGGAGUACAAGAUCCUGCUCUACUCCCUAGAUGGCCGGCUGCUGUCCUCGUUCUGUGCUUACGAGUGGUCCCUGGGCAUCAAGUCUGUGGCCUGGAGCCCCAGCAGUCAGUUCCUGGCGGUCGGGAGCUACGACGGAAAGGUGCGGAUUCUUAACCACGUGACUUGGAAAAUGAUCACGGAGUUUGGGCAUCCUGCAACCAUUAAUAAUGCCAAAAUAGUGGUGUACAAGGAGGCUGAGAAGAUCCCGCCGCCGGCGCUGGGCCGCCUGGCCUUCCCUCCGCCCAGGGCAGUGGCCGGGCCCCUGGGCUCCCCGGAGAGCAGAUACGAGAUCGCCUCGGUGCCAGUCUCCUUGCAGACUCUGAAGCCCGCGGCUGACAGAGCCAACCCCAGGGUGGGCGUCGGGGCGCUGGCCUUCAGCGCCGACAACUCCUUCCUGGCAACGAGGAACGACAACGUCCCCAACGCCGUCUGGGUCUGGGACAUCCAGAAGCUGAGGCUGCGGGCGGUGCUGGAGCAGCUGUCCGCCGUGCGCGCCUUCCAGUGGGACCCGCAGCAGCCCCGGCUGGCCGUCUGCACGGGGGGCAGCACGGUGUACCUGUGGUCGCCGGCAGGCAGCCUGUCGGUGCAGGUGCCCGGGGAAGGUGACUUCCAGGUGCUCUCCCUGUGCUGGCAUCUGAGCGGGGACUCCCUGGCCCUCCUCAGCAAGGACCACUUCUGCCUGUGCUUCCUGGAGACGGAGGAGGGGGUCAGCACAGCCUUCGGGCAGCGGGGCGACCACACAUAGGGCCUGUGCGUGAUCAGGUCCACGUGGCUCGAGGUGGGGGACCUCGGCUUGCAUCGGCCGCGGGAAAAGAGUAGAGCUUCUCGGGUCAAGGUCUCCCACUGGGGCGGCCCAGAGGAAGUGAUUUGCUUUUAUUUUUCUAUAGCAAGGCAUUUUUGUAAAUAUGUAUGAUAUAAAGCUGUAAUUUUUGUUAUUUAAAGUAAAUAUUUAAUUCAUAAAUGGCUAAUGCUUACUCUCUUGAAGGUGUAGGUCACAGGGAGGUUUCCUAGGUCAGU